ACUUCUUCCACAGUCUAUACCCUGACCACAGGAAGAUGACUCUGAGGCUUUGCUGUACCUGCAUUUUUCUCCUCCUCCUUCCUGGCCUCUCAGAUGGAGGGAAGCUCCUGGUGGUGCCCAUGGUAGGAAGCCACUGGCUUAGCAUGCAGAAAGUGGUUGAAAAGCUCGCCGAGAGAGGACACGAGGUGGUGGUGAUUAUGCCAGAAGUGAGCUGGAAUAUGAAAACGACCCAGGCUUACACUGUGAAAACACACCCAGUGUCUCAGACACUAGAAGAACUGGACAAUUCCUUUCGUGAGUUAUUUGCUACUUCCCUGGAGGACCUGCCUUUCCCAAUGAAUGCUAUAGCAACGUAUAAGAGCACAGUCAAUAUUUUCCGUACAUUUUAUGGUCAGUGCAGGGACCUCUUCAACAGCAAGGAGACCCUGCAGUACUUGAACCAAAGCAACUUCGAUGCUGUCCUAACAGAUCCUGCUUUUAUGUGUGGAGCAACAGUUGCUAAUUAUCUUUCUCUUCCAUAUGUGUUCUUCAUGAGAGGAUUUCCCUGCAACUUACACUAUGAAGCACCACAGUGCCCAAGCCCUCUCUCCUACAUCCCAAGAGCAUGGUCUUUCAACUCAGACCACAUGACAUUUUUACAGAGAGUUGAAAAUGCACUGAUUGCCAUCAUGGAUCUUUUUAUCUGUAAUUAUGUCUAUGAAGAUGCACUAAAGCUUUCCUCAGAAGUUCUUCAGAGAGAUGUAUCACUGAUGGAUCUUGUGGACUCUGCUUCUAUUUGGCUUCUGAGAUUAGACUUUGUGUUUGACUAUGUGAGGCCAGUGAUGCCCAAUAUGGUGUUUGUUGGAGGUAUAAACUGUGUUCAGCAGAAACCACUGUCUAAGGAAUUUGAAGCUAUUGUGAAUGCCUCCGGAGAACACGGCAUUGUGGUCUUCUCCCUGGGUUCCAUGGUCUCAGAGAUUCCUAUGAAGAAAGCCAUAGAAAUUGCAGAUGCCUUGGGAACAGUCCCUCAAACGGUUUUGUGGCGGUACACAGGAAAGACACCCCCCAACCUGCCAAACAAUGUAAAGCUUGUCAAAUGGCUGCCACAGAAUGAUCUUCUAGCUCACCCCAAGACUCGUGCCUUUAUUACCCACGGAGGCUCACAUGGUGUUUAUGAGGGCAUAUGCAAUGCGGUGCCGAUGGUACUGAUGCCCUUGUUUGGAGACCAGAUGGACAACGCCAAGCGAGUGGAGUCACGGGAAGCAGGAUUAGUGCUGAAUAUACUUGAAAUGACUUCAAAAGACAUAUCUACUGCCCUGAAAACAGUUAUUAAUGACAAAAAGUACAAAGAGAACAUCAAGCGCAUGUCAGAGCUUCACCUCGACAGACCCAUCCACCCCCUGGACCUGGCUGUGCACUGGGUGGAGUUUGUCAUGCGACACAAAGGGGCCCCACACCUGCGACCUGCUGCUCAUGACCUGAACUGGAUCCAGUACCACUCCCUGGACGUCGUGGCCUUCCUCCUCGUCGUGGGGCUCCUCUCCCUCUUCAUUUCUCUGAAGUGCUGCCUGUUCUGCUGCCGCAGGUGCUGCUUUAAGCAGGGAAGAACAAAAAAGCCAACCAAAGCAAAGUCCCACUAGUAGAUUAAACCAGUGGUAGGAGGAUCAGGCCUCUGCUCCAGACCAGAAGGCUCAGGGAACAUCUCAACUUUCACUCAAAUAAUAACAGUUCCUUUAAACCAGCACCAUGGGAGGGGUUGAUUCACUGAUAUAAUUUUUGCCUUUAAUUAAGAAUCGGUUGUUAAUUUGUAUAGGAGUGAUCCAGUCACUUGGGAAGGUACUACUGUGAAGUUCAAGGCUCCUGUCUUCCAUGCCUUGGUGUACAGAGGACUCAUGGUGCC